GGACGUACCUUUUGCGCCUUCCGUACGGCUACUACGAUCUGUCUGAAUAACUUUAAAAUGAACGACCUACACCAACCGCGUACAGUGCGCCAACCCAGUGACUGAUGAAGCACCAGAAUAUUGUUUCGCGUAGUUUCUAAGCGUAAAACUUUGGAUUUAUAAAGAAUUGUGGUGAUUAUGAGAUGUGAUUUAAAGUAACAACUCUGAUGGUGUGGAGCGAUGGUAGCGCGCGAUGGGCGCUGCAGCGGGCCUGGCUGGCGGCAUGCCUGCUGGUGGGCGCGCUGGCCCCGGAGAGAGUGGAGCCCUGCGCCGGCAGCCCGCUCUGCUCGUGCCGGCCCGCGCACAUGUCCUGCAUCGCCGUGCCGCUGCACCGGUUCCCAGAAUGGCCCCGGAUAGAGUUACAACAUCUGGACAUCAGCAUGUCCAACUUGGAAGUAAUCUCAGAGAGUGCACUCGACGGAUUGCGAUUACAGACUUUAGUACUAGUAGCUAACAAAUUACAUUACAUCGAACAACACGCGUUUACUUCCAUGGCUGCCACGCUAGCCUCCCUAGACCUCGGUUACAACGAAUUCACUGAAAUACCGCAACAAGGUUUGAGAGACUUAAAAGUUUUAAACUGGUUAAAUCUGCAGAACAACAACAUCGCACAGGUUGGGACCGACAUAAAAUGGCAUCACUUGGAAGAAACUUUAACGAGUUUAUCUUUGAGCAACAAUCAGAUAACGCAGUUGAAGCCUCACGCGCUGAUGUCUCUUUAUCAUCUUGUACAAUUGGAUCUUGAAGGAAAUCAUCUACGGACCAUCAGCUCAGACGCAUUUCCACCUUCCCUAUCCAUCCUGAAAUUAUCCAAUAACUUCCUACACGAUGUUUCGUGUGAUUUAUAUUUUAAUCUGCCCAGACUUCAAUCUAUACAUCUAAGACACAACACAAUUACGUUCGACAGAAAUUCAAAUUGCCCAGAUAACAAAACCAGGAAAAUUGAGAAGUUGGAUUUGAGCAACAAUAAAAUUAAUGAUACAACGCAAAUAUCUGUUCUUAGACAAAUUCAAAUUAGGCAAAUAAUUCUAGAUUUUAACGAGCUAUCCGUGAUACCGAAGUUAGUCUACGUUAACAAUAGAGUGGAGAGGUUGUCGGUGUCGUUUAAUAAUAUAGUAUUUAUACAUCGCGACGUGUUCCUGUCGCUGAAAAACUCGCUGGAGCGUUUGGAAGUGGAGCACAACAAAUUGUCGCAGCUGGGGGACAGCUUGAGUCAGGUGGCGCGCCUCCGCCAUUUAUCUCUGGCCUACAACCGGCUGGAGGAGUCGCCGGCGCUCCCGCCCCGCAUCCAGACACUCUCGCUCGCCGGCAACUUUUUAACUUCAAUACCCUCCGCACUUCAAACUCUCGAACCCGGCUCCAUUCGCUAUCUCGACUUAAGCUACAACAGGAUAUCUAAUUUGUUACCUAACGAAUUCCUCGACUGGUCCACCUCCCUCGGGACUAUCAACUUGAGAGGUAACAGGAUCUCACAGAUUUAUAAGAACGUUUUUCCGGCAACCAUGCCGGUAAAAGAGAUUAAUUUGAGCUUUAACGAUUUGUAUUACGUGCAUCCGCAAGCUUUCUCGAACGUAACGGGUUCUUUGCACGUUAUCGAGUCGUCUUCUACAUUGUUCAGUGGUUAUUUCCCCUUCGAAAUAGACGAGGGAUUAGAAAAUCUCAGUUGGCUGUCGUACGAUAAUAACGAUUUCCAUAUCCUCAAGCUAUCAGACACCGCCGCGUUUCCAUAUUUGAAAUAUUUAAACUUGGACUAUAACAGGAUCGUAGACAUCGUCGUCGACUACCUAAAUAUUUCAAUUUCCCUCAGCGACUUGCGAGUCGCUUACAAUUUCAUAGGAGUAAUACACAGCAGAACUUUUGCGAAUAUGCUCGACUUAAGAAAUUUAGAUUUAUCUUACAACCGAAUCAACAACUUGACUAAGCACAGUUUCACGAACUUACCGAACUUGCGAUAUUUAUCUCUCGCGGGGAACAUAAUCGAUUCGAUGGAAGCGGAAGCCUUUGCUAAUUUACCCAAACUAGAAGUAUUAGAACUGCAGGGAAACAACUUCACAUAUUUAUCGCUCUCUUCGUUUCAUAACGUCUCCAAUGAAGACGUUACUUUUACGUUCAAUGUAAGUAAAAAUCAUAUCAGAUAUAUUGAUGGCGAGUCAAGAUUGCCUGUAAAUAUUUUUGAUGGGUCGUAUAACGACAUGCAAGAAGUGCCAAACGAUUUCUUUAUUGCAAUAGAAACAUCCGUAAGACACAUUAUAUUGUCUCAUAAUAAACUUAUCCACAUAUCGAGUGAAGCUUUUGGGGAAGCGGUGUAUUUAGAAAUAUUAGACUUGCAUAAAAAUAGCUUAAACAAUAUAAAAAGAAAAUCGUUUAAUAGCUUAGUCUCCUUACAGAUACUAGAUUUAUCUUACAAUAUACUUUCUCAAUUAUCUGUAGAACAAUUUUAUAAUUUGAAUAAAUUGAGAUAUAUAAAAUUGGACCAUAAUAAUUUAAGGCUUUUACCUAGAGAUGUAUUUAAAAACACCAUCAUAGAGCACUUGGAUUUGAGUUUUAAUGAAAUAUCGCUGUUCCCGCUGACGGCGCUCUCCCAGAUUGGAUUCACACUGAGAUACCUUGACCUGUCUCAUAACCGGAUAGAAUAUCUGGAUAACAGUAUAUUCCGUAACACGCAGUUUUUAUUGAACCUGAAUCUAGGUCACAAUUUGCUAACUGUGCUGUCGGAUAACACAUUUUCGAGUCUGGGAGGGCUGCGCCAGCUGGACCUUAGCUUCAACUCGGUGAAGGCAAACUUCAAGGAACUGUUUCACAACCUCCCCAACUUGAGGCAUUUGAAUCUUGCAAAUGUAAGUUUAAAGUCAGUGCCUUAUCUACCUUUGACGAACUUAACGAGUCUCAAUUUGACUUCAAAUUACAUAAACAGUUUUAAGGAGACUGAUGUUAAACGGCUAGUGAAUCUUCGCCACUUAGACCUUAGUCAUAAUCGUCUUACCUCUUUAGUGCCAAAGAUGUGGUUUCAUUUAAAUAAUUUGAACGUUCUAGAUAUCUCAUGUAACCCUAUAGUAAGAAUCACGCCAAAUAGUUUCAAGUGGUUGCAUAACUUAUCUCAUUUAAAUUUAAAUGGGCUCAAAUACUUAGACAUAGUCGACCAAGAUUCCUUCCGUCCCUUAAUCUCAUUGCGUUCCUUGCAUCUCCAGUCGUGGUCAUCGAUCAACCAUUCCACUUUCCGCUUAUCUAACAUCACCUCCUCCCUCCCGUCGCUGUAUAAACUAGUGAUAGACUGGACGGACGAUGUAAUGGACACGCAGCUACACGGAAUUGAUGCAAGGAAUCUCCGCUAUUUAGAAAUAAGGGGAGGCAGUUUGCGGAGGAUAUCGGACGAGGCGUUCGAGCCAUUUGCCGACAGCCAAGAGAUAUUUAUCAGGAUUACGAAGACGUCGCUAACGAAACUGCCGACUGCGUUUAUGAAGCACCUCGGCCAAGUUCCGCAGUUGGGCGUCGACAUAAGUUAUAACCAACUCACAUCGCUUAAUCCGGCUAUCUUCUAUCCAAAUUUCACGAGCUGGAGUCACGUCGCCACAAAAUUGCUAUCAGGUGGUUUGAUUUUGACGGGGAACCCGUUGCGGUGUGAGUGCGAGUUAGCGUGGCUUGGGGCGUGGCUGCGACGUUGGCUGCAGGAGAACGACGCGGGCGCAGAGUUGCGGCGCGCCGUGCGCAGUGCCACCUGCAAGGACCAGCUCGGCCGCCGCGUACCCUUAUUGCAACUACGUGCAGACGAGGCCGAGUGUCACGCCAGCGCGCUAUCCAGCGACGCACAACCACAUUAUUCAGACGUAGUUUACACUCUCGUCGUCGCCAUAUGGACACUCCUCUUCAGAUGAUAGUAUAACGUAGUCGUAAGUUACUCGUGCAUAUUGUAAAUAUGUUUCAUCACACCUAGUGUUUGCGCAUUCGACAGACAGUGGCCCCGAUUCCUACAGACACCUCCUAAUUUUACUUUAAGUUAUACAUGUCAUUUUCUUAUCCACCGAAAAGGAAAGAGACGGAUGAUUGACAGCUCUUAAUUUUAGGAAGGAUUAGUAAAUGAAUGAAUAUCCCGGGCGAAUCAAAAAGGUAUCUCGCUGUUAUGCAAACCGUUUGACGUGUGCUGUCAACAUGAUUCUGUCGAAUUAUUGGCCAAUAUAAAAUUUUUAGACGGUUGUUUUAGAUUUGUGCGUAAAAUUGACAUGUGUUCCAUAAAUUUUAUGCUUGUCGAUUACCCGUCCCUUUCCUUUUCGGCGAAUAAGAAAAUGAUAUAUAUAACUUAAAAUAAAAUUAGAUGGUGUUUAUAGAAAUUAGCACCAGUAGUUACUUUAAAUACCAUUUUAUACACUGUACAUUUUAACUUUUAAUAUAGACGAGUAAAAUAGGUGAUGUAGAUAGUAAAACGUGGAACACUUGCGCGGUCUGACACCAUGUUAGCGGCAACAUCACAUUUACAACUUGACGCUACAUACGGACCCAACUACGACCACUUGAAUAAAUUUACAUACCCCUGAAACAACGCCGACUUCAGGCGUGAGUUAUUAGAAAACAACCUUAACAAACGUUGUUACCUUCGCUGUGUUGAAUAAGCAAUAUUGGUUACAGGAAUUGCGUACCUUUCCGUUUUUUACUGGCCGAGUGAAAUGUUAACGGUAGACCGAAAUUUUAUACAAAUAACAAAGGCAUUUCAUUGUACUAUAUAUUUAACAGAACAGGUAGUGUUUUUAUUCGGUCGGUCCGUAUAUACCGCGCACCAGCAGUGAAUAGUAACAGUCAUUAUCAAAAUGUUUAUAGUGUUACACGCUGCCAACAACUGUGGUUUAGUGCGGGCGAUCGCAGUUUUACAGUCCACUUCGUAAAAUAAAACAUUCCAGUAUGUUAAAGUUAAGGUUUCUCCAACUUCAGUGAUAGUAUCUUUAUAAGUUGGUCUAGUCGAUUCGUCGAGUUUUGCUCAGUACCAAAGAAUGUAUGAAAAGUUCCUGAAAAGGUUUGGUAACUGCAAAAUAAAAUAACGCAAAUCCGACUUUCUUUCCCCGAGUACUUAAGCCUGCGCAAGUUAAGCGGUCAAAACCUUUUUCGGGACACUUUUCCCAAUUUCUUUGUCUGAUUCGCUAUCACUAUACCUGUUUGCGAGACCCGUUACUCACCCUUUGUAAACUAAACGACUUUAAC